AUGAAAAACAACCCCGACUUAGAGAAAGACUAUAUAUUUAAUAGUUUAGUCAAAAGAGACAAACAAGAAAGAAUGCCGGGCUUCAAACUUAAGAAAGGUGACAAAGUAAAAAUAGAAAUACCUAAACGCGACCCAUAUGAAAAUACUAUUGACUAUGACAACAAUGGGAACCCGACAGGUACUCACAUUCGUGUUCGUAAAAAUAGAAGAAAGUAUACAAGAGAAUAUUAUGAAGUUUUAGGCAAACAUGGCAAAAUGUACAGACUGCAAGCAGAAGAUAAAACUACUAUUGUCAGACCUCGUUUCAAACUUGUCAAAGUUCAAGGUGGUAUACUUUCAAAGACAGUUCCUAACAAAUAUAAGACAACUCCUGACGAAUAUGCUAAAGAAGUUGAAAAUGACGACUAA